AUGACUUUUGACAAAGAAAAAUUGAAAUAUAGGGCUGUUACUUAUAGUACCAGUGAUAAGCCUAUGUCUAUCACAGAACAAACCAUCUCAUUGAUUAAACAAGCUGACGGAAGCUUUGACUUACCGUCAAAUACCAUAUUGGUUAAAGUUCACUCAGCAGCAUUGAAUCCCUUAGAUUUAGUGUUGUACAACUCUUCUAAUAGAUUAUUUUCUUAUUAUAAUGAUCAGCAAGGUGUUGGUAGAGAUUAUUCUGGUACUAUUGUUGCGAUUGGCGAUGUUGCUGCUAAGAAGACCGAUUUUUGUAUUGGAGAUAAUGUUUGUGGAAUGUAUACCCAUAUACUUGGUAAAGGUACUGUUUCGGAGUAUGUUUUGCUUGAUGCGAUGUCUGUUUCAGACUCUUCUGUUGUCACAGUGCCAAAGAAUUUGUCUUUGAACGAAGCUGCUGCAUGGCCGUUAGUUCUAGGCACCGCAUUGGCAAUGACACAAGGACGUAUUAAAAUUGGAUCCGAUGCAAAGGUAUUGGUUCUCGGCGGAUCUACAGCUGUUGGUAGGUUUUGUAUCCAGUUAUGCAAGAACCAUUUCAAAGCUGGUGAAGUAAUUGCUACAUGCUCGUCGUCAUCAGCACCAAUUAUAAGGGAGAUGGGUGCGGAUGACACUAUAGACUAUACAAGAUAUCCUAGUAUCGAGGGGCAAGUUUUGCAGGCCGCAGAGUCAGGUAAAUUUGAUAUUAUAUUGGAUUGUUGUGGUAAUGGUGACCUUUUCGCAUCCAUGCCAAAAAUAUUAAAACCAAAAUCACAUUAUGUGACUAUUGCUGGCGAUAAAAAGUUCAAGUAUUCGAAAGUAAGCUUGUUUAACAAUAUAAUGCCGACUCUCAAGCCUAUUUUCAGAAUGUUACUCUCUUCUAUAGGGUUAACCUCGUAUUCUUUUACUAUUACAGGAGUUAGGCCAGGGAAACAAUGGGCUGAGUUAGGUAAACAAUUAAUUGAGGACGAAAAGGUCAAAAUAACGGUUGAUAGUGUUCAUCAGUUUGAAAAUUUUCUUGACGCUAUCGAAAGAAUGGAGAGUCAAAGAGCGAGUGGUAAAAUUAUUAUUGAAUUAGAUGUAUAG